ACGAGUUGGCAGCCCCGCUUCGAACGCUAACAAAUUACACGAAAUCAAAUUCGUUGCAGUCGUUUUAUAAAUUAAAGACAGAACCAGCACAGUUGAAAGACAGCAACAUGAGGACUUCGCAUUUGGUGGUCGUGGUCUGCUUCCUGGCGGGACUGGCGCAAACGUCCUUCGCCCUGAAAGAGGAGGACUGCGAGGUGUGUGUCAAGACGGUGCGGCGGUUCUCGGACUCGCUGGACGAUGCCACCAAGAAGGACUACAAGCAGAUUGAGUCGGCCUUCAAGAAGUACUGCAAGGCGCAGAAGAACAAGGAGCACAGAUUCUGCUAUUAUCUCGGUGGUCUGGAGGAAUCCGCCACUGGCAUCUUGAACGAACUGAGCAAGCCCCUGAGCUGGUCCAUGCCGGCGGAGAAGAUCUGUGAGAAGCUGAAGAAGAAGGAUGCGCAAAUUUGUGACCUGCGCUAUGAGAAACAGAUCGAUCUGAACAACGUGGACCUGAAGAAACUGAAGGUCCGGGACCUGAAGAAGAUACUCAACGACUGGGACGAGAGCUGUGACGGUUGCCUGGAGAAGGGCGACUUCAUCAAGCGCAUCGAGGAGCUGAAGCCCAAGUAUGCGCACAGCGAGCUGUAGAGCUCGGUUUAGAGCUAGUUACUUGUGUAGUUACAAUGAAACACGCCCACUUAGCAAAAAACAACAACAACAAACAACAACCACAUGAAACGCCCCCACUACUACACACCCAUAUUUUUAGUUAAUUUACAAUUUUGAUAGACUUUGAGAGAAUUGAAUAUAACUAUAUAUAUACCUAAAGAUAACUAUAUAUUUUGAAAUAAAAAACCACAACAAACACA